AUGCAUGCCUCGAGCACACCUCAAAGCCACCGCUCGAACCUCCGUCCUGUCAACUCGAACGACCAUGCCGGCCCACACAAGCUUACGCCCCAGGAGGCAGCCUUGCGCGGUGCGUCCCUCGCCUUCUCCAAGCAGCAACAGCAAGCCAGGAAUACACGGAGGGAGAGCUUGACGCCCAGCUUGAAUGAUCCAGCGUUCUUAAUGCCGCAGGACGGCGGCGCGCUCGUGGCGGCUACGUCGGCCUCGAGGAUACGAUCUCCGACAGGCAGUGUCAGCAGUCGACAGGGCAACCCGCUCAGUAGGCAAGGCACGGGGGCUGGAAAUGGGAGGAUCAGCAGGCAGACGACUGGCAACAGCAGUAUCUUGCCAGACAGCGACAUAGCACAGGCCACUGAGCAGGAGAGGGAACGUUUAGCACUGUUCCUCGGCUCCCCCGGCUCCGAACAGUCAAAGAGCCCGUACCUGCUGCCGCCUGGUGGCAGGGCGACGGGUGCGACCGCGGAUCCAAAGUCUACGAGCUUUAUAGCUGCCACGCUUGCAGCGAGCAGGAGCGUUAGUCCUGGCUCCAGCCCGGCCAGGCAGGGCGGCGGUGACGAGAGGACAGCCACGGGGAGAUCACGUCUUGGGGAGCCGGCACCUAUCCGGAGGAAACCCACUGUCCGGACGGGCAGCCCGGCGGUGAGCCUCUCAACCACAAGCUCGGACGGCCUCCCUGAUACAGCGCACCUGCCUCCUACGAACUCGCUGAUCUCAAUGUUCGAGCUCAAGGGGGACCAGGAUGUAGACCCUGUCAAGGACAGUCCUGGCCGGCCCCGUGUCAACAAGUCAAAGGGAUGGCCUCUUCCGGAUGUGAAGCUCGAUGAUGGCAACAAGGAUAGCGAGGACCUGGACGUGGAGAAUAUCAAGCCGCGACGGAAACCUGUGCCGAAGACGAAGCCUAAGCCCAAGGUCAAGACGAAACCCAGGGACGAGACUCCGCCUCCGCCGGUCGUCAGGAGAGCCGAGACUGAGAUUGUGUCCCCGAAACCUAGAAGGCCUGACACGAAGCCCAGGCUGGAGUUUGAGGCUCCGGCAUCUUCAACUGGAGUGACAGAGAAGCCCAACGUCACAAGUCUGGAAGAGAGGAAAGCUAAACCAAAGCCCCCCAAACCGAGAAACUCGGAUAAAAGCGAAGCCAAAGGCUCUAGCACAAUGGCCCGUCCAAGUGUAGAAGAUAAGGUGGAACCAGAACCACAACCUCCGACCCUACCAGCCCGGUCUUCCGCUCCACCGGCCAGAGCCAAACCACCGGCGCCGAAGAAGAGGCAGAAUAUGCAAAGGCUUUCCAUCGCACCUAGCACCGAUGGCCAGGAUAUGUCCAAGCCAACGUCGCCUGAAGACACGGCGGGGGCUAGGCCUUUGACUGGUGAUUCUAUGUCAUCUAAUGAUACCUUUGUCUCAGCAUCUUCGACGCCCACCCGUGCGGACUCACCGCCUGUCUUCGAUCCUGCCUCUCGUACAUUGACACCCAGAGCCUUACCACCACGUUCCGCUUCAGCCCGACCGGUCACCCCAGCUUUUCCAAUCCGUCAAAACUUGACCGGCUCGUCCCAACUUCCUAUAGACUCACUAUCCGAUGCUAUGAUGGCAGGCUCUCUUGCGUCAGCAAGACACACGCCUGUCUCUGCGAUAGGCACCCGCACGCCGCCACCAGUGCCAGCGUCACGCCGCAUAGGAGGCACGAAGAAAGCAGCCAGCCGGGCGACCUCACCGCACCACUUGAAGAAAACCCUGCGUGAUCAGCGGCCCAAGUCAGACGACGAAGAUGCCCGAAGACCCCACCACAAGAAAGGCCUCAUCAACAGCAAGAAACACACACACCACGAAGGAUCCCGGCGCAGGUGGCGCGAGGAGAUCACGGAGCGUGAGAGGAAGCGCUACGAGGCCGUGUGGGCGAGCAACCGAGGGCUGUUCCUCGUGUCGGCGGCGCAGGCGUGCUCGGACCCGGAGCACCCGCAGUCGCACCGCCACAGGGGGCCCACGGUGCGCGACCAGAGCCACGAGGAGCUCUCGGAGCACGUGGCCAGCGUGGUGGUGCGCGACAUCUGGGGCCGCAGCCGGCUGCCCGCCGCGGAGCUGGCCGAGGUCUGGGACCUGGUGUACGGGAACGGGCAGGAGGGCGGCGUGCGGGUGCGCGCCGCUCUGAGCAAGGCCGAGUUCGUCGUGGGCACGUGGCUCGUCGACCAGCGCCUAAGGGGUCGCAAGAUCCCGCCGCGCGUGUCCGACAGCGUGUGGAGCAGCGCCAAGGGGCUGUGGUUGACUAAUCCUGGCCAUCAUAGGAAGGGCAAGGGCAAGGGGAAGUGA